AUGGGUCAGAGCAUGUCAUGGCUUUCGGGCCUCUUGUGGGCAAAGAAGGAGAUCAGGAUACUCAUCCUAGGUCUUGAUAACGCGGGAAAGACGACACUAUUAUACAGACUCAAGAUUGGCGAAGUAGUCACGACCAUCCCCACAAUCGGCUUCAAUGUCGAGUCUGUCACAUACAAGAACCUGAACUUCAACGUCUGGGAUCUGGGCGGCCAAACCAGCAUCCGGCCCUACUGGCGGUGUUACUACGCGAACACGGCCGCCGUCAUCUUCGUCGUCGACAGCACAGAUAUCGAGCGUCUGCAGACGGCCGCCGAGGAGCUGGCCGCCAUGCUGAACGAGGACGAGCUCAAGGACGCCGCGCUGCUGGUCUUCGCCAACAAGCAGGAUCAACCAGGCGCAAAGGGCGCAGGCGAGAUCUCCGAGGCCCUUAGGUUGGGCGAGCUGAGGGACCGCAACUGGAGCAUCAUGGCCUGCUCCGCUGUUGACGGCAGCGGUGUCAGCGAGGGUAUGGACUGGUUGGUGCAAACGGUGUCGCAGGAUUAA